AUGAAAUCUCAAAGAAAGAGUCUAAUAAAAGACAUUUAAGCUCACUGCCCUCUAAUACUUAAGUAUAAUAAAUCAUUCUAUUAAGCGAACCAGUUGGUAUUGUUUAACCAUUUUGUAGAAAAUUAUAUACAAAACCAUAAAAUGAUUGGAAAAAUGUCGAAUAAUAUUUAAAGUUGAGAGAAAUGAAAUGUGAUAAAAAUCUUGCUUUACUUUAUAGUUCUAAAAAGAAUUGUAGAAUUGAUAAACCAAUUCCUUAAGUUAAAAAUAAAUUAAAAAUUCAUUCUACAAAAUCUAUUGAUGUAAUCAUUUCUUAACGAUUUAAAGAAAAAAAAUAUGACAAGAAAAAUUAUUUAACAAUGUUAAAUGAAUAAAACAAAAUAAUAUGCAUGCGUAGAUACAAAUUUAUAAAAAAUGUAACAAAUUUAAGACAAAUCUGCAUAAGAGUAUUAGAGUUAUCUAAGUAAGCAUUUUGAAGACUCAAGAGUAAUGAACAGAGCAAUUUCAUUCAAUCUAUCAAGCCAGUCUCCUAUAUAACUAUUUUAAAAACUUAGAAAUAUGUAAAUUUUUCUAAUUAUAUUUUAGGAAUAAAAAUUCUGUAAUAUAUAGAUAAAAUUAAUAAAAUGAUUUAAAUUAAAACAAGUAAGAUAAUUCAAAAAAUAUAAAAAUUGAAGUAAUAAAAAUUUUAAUCAGAUAGACUACUAUGCGAAGUUCGGAAGAACAAAGCCGUUUAGAGAUAUCACCAACUACUUUAUGUGAUGAUGGAUAGAAUCAUAGAAUUAAGAAUAAAUUGAAGUCUUUGAUUUGUCCAAUAUCAUAAAACUAAAUCACUAAAACUAAAUAAUUAAGUUUACCUUAUUUUUCAAAAAAUUAAUUAUAAAUUAAGAAGAAUCAGUUUUUCGUAACAAAUCAAGAUUGUGAAAAUAAUCACUCUUUAGACAAUAAUAGCAAUAUAAAUUCAUUAAUACAAAAAAAAACAUCAAUGUUUAGUAGAGAAAUGAAGAGAUUUCGAAUAUCAACUGAAUAUUGA